AUGGAUGAUCCUCUAGAUGCCGCAUUUGUGACAGGGCUUUGCUAUCUUCUGGCCCCAGUAGGCUGGCAGCCAGUCAUAACAACCGUGCUCAUACUUCUGUUCACUAGCCGUAACACUGUGCAGCCUUUCCUGGCAGUUUUUCCCAGAUAUGUAGCGCUAGCACUUGAGGAAGCCAUCGAGAACUCGAUUUUGGAGUAUACUGCAUGGCUGCUCAGCUGCUCAGUUGUCAUGUACUCAAUUGACUCAUAUUGGGAGAAACUCCCCAUGGUCGUCCCCAUCCUCAUCUUUUCUGUGUGCCUCAUCUCGCAAUGGGCGAGUUGCUGCUGGCAUCAGUCACACAGCAAGACGAACGUGCCGGUGCGAGAUGUAUUCGUCACAGUCGGUGACCGUCAUCCAGAUUUGCUGUCUUUGGACCACCCGUUAUCUGAACUGGUCGUGAAUACCAAAGCUGAGCUUGCAAAGGCUCAUUCCCUCCUUUCCAAUUUUGCUGCUGCUUCUGUGAAUAUACGCGGACCUCUUGAUACCGCCUGGGCUGUCCAAAAAUUCUCCCGCCUCAUUGGCAAUCGACGGUCACAGAUCGUUCGGUUCAUGUCUCCUUGGCGAUUCAAUCCAAAUAGUCCAAUCUUUCCCCCUCCUCUUGGUCCGCGCUAUGCAAUGCUUCGUAGUGAAGCGGACAUCCCGGACAUCCCGUGGCUAUCGCCCGUUCCUAGUGCGAUAUGGAUUGAUAGACGAUUGGCAAACAUGUGGGAAGAUGAAAGACGGACUGAACCCCCGGGAUAUAAUGAGUAUGCCCUCUCUUUUUUAUCUCGGCUGUUCGAUGUACUUAAUGACGAUUCUAAGCCAAUGUGA